AUGGGCAAUUUCUUCUUCAAGGCCCCAUCGACAUUCGCCCUGUGUGCCGACUUCUGUAAGAACGAUUACCCGACGUGUAAGAGCUUUCGAUACAGCUACUACUCGGACACAAAUUCGCAGUACUGCGAGUUCUUCCCGGAUUAUCUUGAGAAUUUCUUCAUCGCGGACGACACACAGCCAUACUACUACUACGAUGUCGACUGCGCGUUCCCGACCUACGCUGUCUCGGUCACUGAGACAGUCACCUCCACAACUACCCUCGAUUCGGAUGGGUCGAUCCACGAUAACGAGUACGAGUGUGAGUGUGAGUUUGAGUACGACUUCGAUUAUAACUACGGCUACGAUUGCGACUACGAGAACGAGUACCGCGCUGUCGACGAUCACUAUACCCACUACAAUAACGACGACCGCUACGACUACGAGAACGAAUACCGCUACGACUACUAG